AUGGAACCGCGAUCUAAAUAUGAACCCGAUUACUGUUGGCGAAACCGGAGCAACUUGAACACCAUGAGCAUUUCCGAGCUAUUUUCGAAGCUCAAAGGCACGUUCAUAAAAAGUGAUUUUGAUUUAGUUGAGAAAACCCUAGUUUCUAGAGAAGAAAUGUUGAAGGAAGAGAUUGAAGAGAAGAAGAGAGAAAUGGAGUUGUUAGAAGAGAGAAUGAAAUUUGAGAUGUUGGAAAGGGUUACCGUUGAGUUCAAGCUGGAGAGGAUUCAAGAAGAAAUGAAUAAGAAGGUGUUGAUGAAGAAAGGUAAUGAAAGGGGUGAUGUUGUUGUUGCGGCGAAAGAUCGCCUUGUUGGUGAUGGUGUUGCUAGUCCUGUUGAUGAAAUGGGAAUGAAUGAGGUGUUGAAGGAGAGUGGUAAUGUUGAGAAAUGUGGAAUAGAGUUUGAAAGUGAUGGUGAUGCAGUGAAGAAUCGCGUUGUUGGUGAUGGUGCUGCUGCUAGUGCUGAUGCUGAAAAAACUGGUGAAAAUGUUAGGGUUUUGAUGAAAGCGAAGCAAGGGGUACUUGAUGAGCAAAGCAAAAAAGAUGGUCUAGGUGCUUCAGAUAUGGAGGAACCCCCUUUGAAGCGUGUUAGAGGAAAGAGAGGUUCAUCUACCACCGCGUCUUCAUGGCGGGAAAGGGAAAUAACACGCCAAAAGGAGGGUGGUCAAAGUGUUUGGCUUGUUCAACGUCAACCUGAGGUUGAUGAAAAGGAGGAGGAUGAAAAUUUGAUGGAUGCUGGUAGGGAUGAGGAGGAUGAGCGGGUGGUUCAGGUGGCGAAGAUUAAUGCCGCGACCUUUACAUACCCUGAGCCUGAGCCGACUGAAUUUCCAGGAGGGCCGUCAGACAAAGGUGUGCUCUCCUUGUACGCGAGCCAUAUUGCCCGACAUAUAUUUGACGGUCAGGUUCGUGAAGUUCUCACCGUUGUCAGCCACGGGAGAAAGGUCCAAAAGUUUGAUACUCCUGACGAAGAUUGGUUUCAUAUCAAAAUGGCGCGCACAGGAUUGGCAUACCUAUCCACCACCGGUUACGAGUUUCUUGAUCCAGCCUUGAUCAGUGCCUUUGUUGAGAGGUGGCACGAGGAGACCUCAAGCUUUCACCUACCGGCAGGGGAAAUUACAGUGACACUAGAUGACGUGUCUUGUCUGCUGCAUCUCCCCAUUGAGGGGAGUCUGUUAGACCACAAUAACACCUUGAACAAAGAUGAAGUUGCUAUGAUGAUGGUGUCUCUUCUUGGAGCGAAACCAUUUGAUGCUAAGACGCAGGUCAGAGUCACCAAAGGGGCCCAUGCGAAGAUAACCUAUUUGAAGGAGCUUUUUGCAAGUCAUGUGCAGAGUGUGGCUGAUUAUACUAAGGAGUCGAAUCUUGAGGAGGCCAACAAGUUCCAGGACUUCGCCAUUAGGGUUUAUUUGCUCAUCCUGGUUGGCUGGACUAUUUUUGCCGACACGAGCAAGAAUACUGUCCAACUCACAUAUCUCAAGUACUUCAAGAACCUUGAGAUAGUGGACAACUAUGCUUGGGGUGCUGCUGCAUUGACACACCUGUACAAAGGUCUUAGUGCUGCCACCGUACCAAAGGUGAAGAUUGUUGCAGGUUAUAUGACACUACUUCAGGCUUGGAUAAUUCAGCACUUCCCGAGUUUAUGCGGACAAGUUGAGAAUGAGAGGUACAUUGAAGCACAACCCGCUGCAAAUAAAUUUCUUCCAAAAAAAGGACAAAAUAAUGUAGAGGGAUAUAGAUCGGCGCUUGACCGAAUGUUGACAUUUGAUAUUCAUUGGAACCCAUAUGACAACCACCGGGUGACACGACCAUUCGAGGAGAUCUCCUUCUACUCCGGCUGGAUUAGAUGUGGACCGAUGAUUGUGAGGUACCUGCCUGAGCGAGUCCUUCGUCAGUUCGGUCGUGUGCAGACCAUUCCUCGCCAUCCAUCUCAUUCUGCAAAUCCGCUCACUCCUCGGCUACAGAUUUCCCAACAGUACGCCCAAUAUAUGGACUGGGUAUUGACUCCAGAGGAGAGAGGCGAUCUUCCUUUACAUUCGUGGAACGUUGCACCUGGGUACAUGAGGUGGUAUUUCCGGAUCUCACAUCCCUACAUGAUUCCUCUGCCACCAGGAGAUCCACCUAGGCCAUUUGAGAUGGAGGCCCUUAUAGAGGAGGAUGCUCACUGA